UACUCUUUUCAUAUUUCACCAGUCAAUAUCAAGAACAAGAUGGCCGCCUGCAAUAAUAAGUUACCUGUAUGUUAUCGGUCUGGUGAUGCCAUUGCCAGGGCCCUCGCAUAAUGACGUCACUACGCAGCCCAUCUGCCCAGCUCUAGCACACCUGCGCCUCCCACCUGAACACCUGCCGUACCACCUGUACUCGCACCCGGAGGCAGCUGCAGCUGUGCGGAAUGACACGCGAUGUUACCGGCGGCGCAGGGCACGGCUGCCGUGCUGGGGGUACGAGGAGGACUGCCCUCCUGAGUCUAGGUACAGUCCGCCGGUGUGCGACCGGGAACGGGAAAGUCGGAAACGUCACCACAAACUGUCCAACACAGAACGUUUCUGGCUGGAGGCUGGGUUUGGGUACGUCCGAGAGCAGAAGAGACAACUCGUUGCACUGUGUGAGGCACAGAGUCAGAACGACUCGUGGCUGGAGUGUUCUCCCUACGCGCGAUACUGCAGGGCGAGAAACCUUUACCUGGAUUUCCGUCGGCUCAGAAUACAGGAAAACCACUUUGGAAAAAGGUUCAGGCGAGAUAUACUCGGACCAGGUGACAUAGGAGGCCAUUGUAAGGUUAAAGCUGACAGGCUGAAAAGCAUGACGGGACACGAAGCCCACGGUCUCAUGUCUUGGUACGCAGAACUGGAAAAUUUUACGUCACUCAACUUCCGACCAACCACAGGCAACGAAAACUGUGACGUCAUGUUGGACACGCCUACUUACUUCAUGAAGCUGGAUUUAGGUAUAAACAUGUACCACCACUUCUGUGACUUCCUCAACCUGUACGUCUCCCAGCACGUCAACGGUUCCUUCUCCACGGAUGUUAACAUUGUCGUCUGGGAUACGAGCGGACGUUCUUACAAGGACCUGUUCGGCGCCACCUGGCGAGCCUUCACCGAUCACUCUAUACAGCAGCUGAAAGAUUACGACGGCAAACGGGUGUGUGUGCGCGAAGCCAUCUUCCCCCUACUGCCUAGAAUGGCGUUUGGAUUAUACUACAACAUACAUUUGGUACCAGGCUGCAAGAACAGCGGACUUGUACGUGCUUUCUCCCGCCAUGUCCUAUACAGACUGGGAAUAGACCAUGGACAACCCCAGAUCGGGCGCCUGCGAGUCACGUUCCUGUCCAGAAUCACACAGUUCCGACGGGUGCUGAAUGAAGACCAGCUCCUCUCAGAACUAAGAAAGGACUCAAGACUUCACGUUAACAAGGUUGACUACGAUCACAGGGAAAUGCCAUUUCUGCAACAGUUACAGCACACACAGAACACAGAUAUCUUCAUAGGAAUCCAUGGUGCUGGGCUGACCCACACACUGUUCUUACCUGACUGGGCCUGUCUGCUGGAGAUCUACAACUGUGGUGACGAGUCGUGCUACCGUAACCUGGCUGCACUGCGGGGGGUCGGGUAUGUCACCUGGGAGGGAAACGCUGGCCUGACACAGAUAGACCAGCUGGGCACAUACAAGGGACGAGGGGACUAUGACAAGUUUGUGAACUACACUGUGAACCCUACAGAAUUCAGAGUUUUGAUGGAGAAGGCCAUCACGUAUGUGUUCAACCACCCUGCAUUUCCCGCCAGACACAUGCACCAAAAGGAGGAACUCUGACAACCAUCUUUGUUCUUCGUAAGGUCAUCUUCCAUAAACGGAUUAAGGUGGAUGAUGCUGGGUGGGAUGUCCUGCUGUGCACUCUGUGCAUAGACCAGUGGUUAGCGACCAUGCCUCCAUGCCUCUGGACCAAGAGGUUUGGAGUUUGAUCCAUGAGCUGUUGUUGUUCAUCUGACACACAUGCUACUGUGAAUAGUUGCAGUCCCUAGGACAGGAUGUUACGCUUCCCCAUACAAUUCAGAACCUGUCUUCUCUGUCACGACCAGUGGAAGAGUCAUUUGAGCUAGACUUGUUCUCAAGUUGUCUUUCUUUUUGUUUGUGCUGACUGAUGUGUCUAAAUAUACUGUGCUACGACCUGGCAAGCUAAAACCUGAGUCAUGGGAGAUACUGCCAAGCCUGGACCCUAGAGCACAACUGUCUCUAAGUCACUAAUAUAUGUGUGACCUACUCCCCUCAUAACAAAUUCUGAAUUGCUCUCACGACAUCACAAUAUUCUUAUUCAUAAUGGAUGUUGGGGGCUAGCCUCUGUAAGGCUUAUAGUCACAGAAUCAUGUCUGGAUCAUGUCGGGAGAUAUGUGUGAUGCAUUUCACAGAAAUCUUUGUCAAUAGCAUUGAACAGUUUUGAACCUGUUAUGAAUCCCCUGAAUACAUAAAGUAUCUAAUGAUGACACAGUAGACCACAGUACAUGUAUCAAUAAAAGUUUAUUUUCUGUAAUA